GCGCGCGGUGACGCGCGCGGCGGCGGUGCGGGUCCCGAUUGCUGCAGCCGCUUGUCAGUGUGACGAAGAUUGGCACCCGAGGUUUCUGUCUUCCACGUUGUACAUCAGUGGGAUCUCUCUGCUGGAACAAGAUAAUGUUGUCUUCAACUCAUUGAAGGAAAGGGAACAUUUGUUCACGCUUAUGAUGAUUUGACACAAUUAAUGUCUUAAUAACCAUGAUGGCAACACAGACAUUAAGUAUAGACAACUAUCAAGAUGGACAACAGAUGCAAGUAGUAACAGAGUUAAAAACUGAACAAGAUCCCAACUGCUCUGAAACUGAUGCCGAAGGGGUGAGUCCUGCCCCCGUAGAAUCCCAGACUCCAAUGGAUGCAGACAAGCAGGCCAUUUACAGGCACCCWCUAUUUCCCUUGUUAGCACUAUUAUUUGAAAAAUGUGAACAAUCUACACAAGGCUCAGAAGGCACAACUUCUGCCAGUUUUGAUGUAGAUAUUGAAAACUUUGUAAGAAAGCAGGAGAAAGAAGGAAAACCUUUUUUCUGUGAAGAUCCAGAAACUGAUAAUUUGAUGGUAAAAGCAAUCCAAGUUCUACGUAUCCAUCUGCUUGAGCUAGAAAAGGUUAAUGAACUCUGCAAGGAUUUCUGUAGUCGUUACAUUGCCUGCCUGAAGACAAAAAUGAACAGUGAAACUCUAUUAAGUGGAGAGCCUGGAAGUCCUUAUUCACCUGUGCAAUCUCAGCAAAUUCCAAGUGCCCUUGCAGGCACACUCAGUCCCCAAGGGAUCAUGGUGCCAGCAUCAGCAUUGCAGCAGGGAAAUGUAACUAUGGCAACAGUAGCAGGGGGGACAGUSUAUCAGCCAGUCACUGUGGUCACUCCACAAGGUCAGGUGGUGACACAGGCACUGUCACCUGGGACUAUUCGRAUCCAGAACUCUCAGCUCCAGUUGCAAUUAAACCAAGAUCUAGGCAUCUUGCAUCAAGAUGAUGGCUCAUCAAAAAAUAAGAGAGGAGUUCUUCCCAAGCACGCUACAAAUGUGAUGAGAUCYUGGCUUUUUCAGCACAUAGGGCAUCCAUAUCCAACAGAGGACGAGAAGAAACAGAUUGCAGCACAAACAAAUCUGACACUACUCCAGGUUAACAACUGGUUUAUCAAUGCUAGAAGGCGAAUUCUUCAGCCAAUGCUGGACUCCAGUUGUUCUGAAACCCCAAAAACAAAGAAGAAAACAGCUCAGAACCGACCAGUCCAGAGGUUCUGGCCUGACUCCAUUGCCUCAGGAGUGGCUCAGCAGCARUCGAACGAGCUCACGAUGUCAGACGGUGCUGUUGUGACCAUCACAGCUCCAGUCAACAUGAAUGUAGACAGUCUGCAGUCUUUGUCAUCCGAUGGUGCUACUCUGGCUGUGCAGCAGGUGAUGAUGGCAGGGCAGAGCGAGGAUGAGUCUGUGGACAGCGGUGAAGAUGAUGGAGGAGACCUCUCAACAACAAAUAUCAGYGGGCUGGUCUUGGAUAACAGUGAUUCUCUGCAGUAGGAAGCAAGAGAGUGUGGAGAAAAACACUUAGGAAUAAAGAAUGGACUGACUGACUGACUUUUUAUAGUUUGCACAGCAAACAUUUUACACAAGUUUUAUUUCUAAUAUGUUUUAUAUGUAGAUAUAGAAGGGUGCACUUUUUUGUAUUUCAUAGUAAGCUUAAAGAGUGUUUUUGCAGGUGCAGCAACUUCUUUCAAAUGUGUUAUUUUUUUGUUUCUUUUCCUUUCCUUAUUUCAGAAAAUUAUAUCUAGUAAUAUAAAGAACCACAAUAGCACCCCUUUGCUCUCUCAAUUGGAAGUGCUGCAGUUUCUGAUGAAUUAUGCAGUUUCAAUUAGUGCUGUUAUUUAACACAGCUUUUGAUGGGCAGGUGAUGUAAAUUUAAAGCAUGUGACACUAGUGUGUGAAACUUGAUUAUUGAGUUAGAUGCAUAUAUUUGAAAGAUGCUUCUGCACCUUAAAAACUGCUAGUCUGAGGUGGACAGCAACACACAUAAAAAAAAAGAAACUGUUGAUGUGUGAUUCAGUAGAGAAUGUAUGGCAAUUUAAAUAAGUUUAGUUUCUCUCAUAGUCCGUGAGCCUGUUUUAUCAUUUGCUAUAAAAACUCCUAUUUUUACCUUGCUGGGGUUAUUGGAUAAAAAAAAAAUAUUUUUAUAAAUUCACUAGAAAUUGGGAUGACAACUGUAUUAAGCAGGAGGAAAAAAAAUUUCCAGAGGGGAAAAAUAAAUGUUUAGUAUUCCUAUUUGGAAGGUCUGAAAAUUGACCCAAUUUAAUAAACAAGCCUACAGUAGCAUUCUAUGAUUCUCAACUGUCCCACAGUGAUAUACUAUAUUUGAUAAUAGCAUAAGAAGGGCCCACUGUUUGAUGGGAUUUUGAUAUUGUCAAACAUUGAUUUAUAUUAUGUGUAAACUAAUAUUCAAAUUGCAUAACUCUGUAUCUAGACUUGUAUCUGAAAAUAUUUGCUAAAUGAGUAUUCAGGUAAGUAAGUUCAAAUACCCACAACUUUUCCAAUUAUUAGAGAAAUYUAACAGUUUAUAGUUUGUACAACUGAAUCUAAAAAAAAAAGAAAAGUUGCCUACUAUACAGUCAUGAAUUCUGCUAUUUUAUUGCAUUUGAAAUAUUUUCCCCUAAUACAAAAAGAGAUAUAACAUGGAUUUAUAUAAAAUUUCUUCAGAUCUGAWGUUUACUACCAGAAUAUACAGCAGGCUUUGUUAGAGUAGGAAAUCCUUGUGUGUCAUUUAAAAAAAAAAAAGAGCUGGUGAUGAAAACAGCUGGGUUUUGGUUUUGUUUUGUUUUGGAUUGGGUUUUUUUUUUGUUGUGGUAACAGUUCAUUUAUUUUAUUUUCCCAAAGUUUGAAGUCUGUGAUUGUCAAUCCAUGAAYACUUGCUUUUGGAACUUUGUACUUCCCAUUGUUGAGUACAAAUAAGARACUCAAGAGCCUCGUGGUAUGAUCAACAUCUUCUUUUGUCCCUGUCCAUUUGUCACASUGUUGGCUUAGAUCAAAGCCAGGACUUCUGAUUUUGACCAAAUCUGGGUGUGUUUCUAAUGUGGCAGGGAGAAAGGUGGUAGCUUUUAGAAUCUUUAGACACUCUMUUUGAACAAAGCCCUUUGGCAGAUGCAAAUAUUUAACUGAGUACUUAAUUUCUGCUUCUCAGAACACUCAGGYACAUGUUUAGGUCCCCUUGAUUUCAGGAAGAUGAAGGAAUGUACUGCUGGACAUGCUUAAAUGGUUGGAGCUGGGCAUGGCAGAUUGUCUUCCAAGGCAAGGCUGAGUUGGUAGGAAGAAAAACUCCAGGAAGAAAUCAGUAGCAUUGCCACACAUUCAUGGAGAAUAACAGGAGUUUUCAGUUUUGUUUUAAAUGGUUUUUAUUCAACACAAGUGGUGUUUCUGCUCUGGUUCUCACYGGGUCCUGGCUGAGGAUCUCCCUUCGUUCAAGUGCUGUAAUGAUCUGCCCCACUGGACUGGUGGUUUCUUUCUAAAGAAUUGGUUUUCUUCUGACUUCUCUGCUUUGCCACUAAUGUGCCAUGUUUGUAUAACAGCACYGUAAAUGAAUAAUGCAAUAUUUAAUUAGGAAGGCUCUGACAUAGCAUGACUAUCUCAAAGGCUGUUGUCAAAUCCAGUUUGACCCCAAAACACUUAAAAAUACAAACCAUGUGCAAAUCCUGCUCCUUUGGAAACAUUAGGCCUCUACUGCCCCUAGAAAAGAUAGCUCAGAUUACUGGAACUGAGAGACAGAUUCUGUAUUUUUGUUUURAAUUAUUUUUUUAACUCUUAAGAGUGCUUCAUGACCCCCACAGUUUCCAUUCUAUAGCAGGUUAUAUUUCUUGGUUUGUUUGGGGUUUUUAUUGGAAACUCAAUUGGAAACAACCAAGCCUCAGGGUUUGCAAACUUCUGGAAGUUUAUUUUUCAGAAAGAAGCCAUUUUCUAGUUAGGUUUUUUUUUUUAUUAU